AUGCGACAGGGUGGUCUGCAGCCAUCCAGCAUGGCAUUGUGGUGCCUCAAUGCGCAAUCUCCGCGUCUCCACGACCUUGCAAAACAGUGCUGCACGACUUCCACGGAUCCUGAACUUAUCCGCAUCCUGGAGGAACUCUCUCAAGCCGCUGAGGCUCUGGCUAUAGCUGUGGGACACGAAAGCCCCUUCCAGACGCCCCUCCUUUGCUACAAGAACGACGUGGACAAAUUACUCAUGUUUCUCUACCUCGAAUCGCCCAAGGAGGACCGAUUCCCUGACAUAGUGUGCAAAUUAAACCAAAAAUUUUCUCCACACUCUAAAGACAGGGAAAUCCAGUCAUUUCGCAGUGACUAUGCGAGGCUGCUAACAUCGGUGGAUGAAGUUGAGCGCUACAUGACCACCGCUUGGUUGCCCAAUCGUGAAACAGCCUUUGCAGUUCUCUUUAGCGACGCCCAAGCCGUAGCUCGCCAUCUCCCCUACACCUUCUUCGACCAGGUUGGAACACGUCACCAUGGGCUUUUCGUACAGGCGGUGAAGAAAACGCAGACUGAAUUCGGUCAAGUUGUGCUUUCGGUGUUAGCCGAUGCGAAAGAAGAGCUCACUGAAGCAAAGCUUAUUCAGAUUGUAGACGCUAUGGAGUCUCAUUAA